UUAGAUGCAGUGCUUGGUUAUGCCCCUCAUUCAUUUGAGAGUCAAUUUCCAUGUAAAUGCUCUUUCCUUGACUGUGUAACACCCCUUUCCUUCCACAGCCUACUGUGAGGUUUAUAAAUACCCCAAGAUCUUUAAUUUCAUUCAGUCUUUUUUUCUCAGACCUCACAAACGCGACUGAAGAAAGGAAGAAAGAUGGCCAGAGAGUACCAAAGCAAGCUCUUCUGGAGAGCUGUGGUUGCAGAAUUUGUAGCCAUGACUGUCUGUUUUGUCAGUAUUAGUUCAGCAGUGGGGUUCAAAAUGUCCAGUGGAUCCAACCUUCAACAAGAUAAUGUAAAGGUCUCAUUGGCUUUUGGGCUAGCCAUUGCAACCAUGGCCCAAAGUGUAGGCCAUAUUAGUGGUGCUCACCUUAAUCCUGCGGUGACCCUUGGACUGUUAGUGAGCUCACAGUUAAGCCUGUUCAGGGCGGCAAUGUAUAUCACCUCUCAAAUGCUGGGUUCUGUGGUGUCCGCUUCUAUUCUGCACGGAGUCAUUCCUGGCAGAAAUCACACACUGGGACAAAACCAGUUGGAUGAAAAUGUAACUGUGGGACAAGGCAUGAUCAUUGAAAUCUUCAUCACCUUCCAGUUGGUUCUCUGUGUCUUAGCAACUACUGACAAAAGAAGAAAGGACCUUUCAGGUUCUGCCCCACUGGCCAUUGGACUCUCUGUUGCUUUAGGACAUCUUUGUGCAAUUGACUAUACUGGCUGUGGAAUGAAUCCAGCAAGAUCUUUUGGUCCAGCUGUAUUUAUAGGAUUUGAAAAUCACUGGGUUUAUUGGAUUGGCCCUGUGAUUGGAGGAAUUGCAGCUUCCUUCUUUUAUGACUUCAUCCUGUUUCCAAGAAACUACAGCAUAUCAGAACGCCUGAAAGCAUUCGCUGGCGGCAAUGUUGAAGAGUAUGACUUAGAUGGAGAGGAAGCAACCACAAGGGUAGAGAUGAAACCAAAAUAAAACAAUUAAUAAAUAAACUGACAAAAGACAUUUUUAAUUGCAGUUUUUCUGAAGCAAAAAUCAGUAUUAUGGACUUACAGUUUACUUAUUUUUUUACAUCAGAAAAAGGACUUGGCUGCUUGUUCUGGUUUUAAGUAAACUUCUGCUCUCUCACUGACAUUUCCUCUAUUUUUAUGUAGCUGCCAUAAACAUGGUGAGAUGACUAUGGAAAACUGAAUUUAUAUGAUAGUUUAACUCUCAAGCUAGUGUGGAAAACUGCUGAUCCUUCAUAUGCCUUUGUGUUGCACAGUGUUUUACUUACAAGUACGUUAAACCGGUUACUACAGAUGUUAUUGAAUAAAUAAUAGCAGCCAUUUGUAGGAUUCACAUUUGUUAUCUGACAUAGGCAACUGCAGAAUGAUAUGUUGCUCGUCCAGU